AUGGCAUUCAUACGACGAGCACCUCUUCUACGCUGUCUAUCAUUGGUAGUAGCGUGUAUUCUAACCCCGACGCUCAUCCAAACCAUACAUCAAGAUGCCAUGUUUACUUCUUCUAUGAUAUGUCAUUACGAUGCCGAGUUGAAGAAAGCUGAUUGCAGUUAUCGUGGGUUGGACUCCAUCCCUCAGAAUCUUUCAGACGAUAUUAAAGAACUGAACGUCAGGUUCAACAAUAUCACUGUCAUCUUGAGUUCUUCUUUUAAGAGAUACCCUUUGAUCCAGGUCUUGGAUCUUACCAAAAACGAGAUCAGAAUGAUAGAAUCUGCAUCUUUUUACCCUCUAAAGGAAUUACAUUACCUAAGCCUAUCAUUUAACCCUAAGCUAGUUCUCCCAGCUACAGGCCUAUUCAGGUGGUCUAAGAACCUGUCCAUCCUGGGACUGUCUGAUUCGAAUCUGAAACUGCUUCCAAACGACACUCUCAAAUGGAGCCCGUCUGUAGAGAAUAUAAACCUUAGCAACAACAAACUUACUUUCGUUAACAUGAGCGUUUGUGGCAGAGCAAAGAUAAUUGACUUGUCUUUUAAUGAAAUCGAGCAUCUUACGGCAGAAUCUUUCAUCUUCGGAUGUCAAAGUGAUUAUAUUGAUCUUACCUGGAAUCAUAUUAAAUCAGUAGACCCGAACGUUAUUGCAUCGUUGCGUGUCCGAUCACUGGUCCUUAGGUACAAACCUUUGACACUUGAGAUACUGAAGGAUAUUUUUCGCGGGAUCUGUCACUCUGAAAUAGUGGAGCUCACUAUAACUCAUGCCAAAAUAACAGUCUUGCCACGAGAUGUCUUUGGUCUCCUGCGUAAUUGCUCUCUUACUCUGCUAAGAUUAUCCGGCAAUAAGAUCCAAUCCCUCUCUCCGUACGUGUUCUCACACUUUACAAGACUCGUGGAACUUGAUCUAUCGAACAACGAAAUCCAAUCCGUCUCUCCAUACGUGUUCUCAAACUUGACAAGACUCGUGGAACUUGAUCUAUCGGACAACAAAAUCCAAUCCCUCUCUCCUUACGUUUUCUCAAACUUGACAGGACUCGUGGAACUUGAUCUAUCGCAAAACAAAAUCGUCACUGUUGAACCGGUAUUCUUUCAAGGCAUGCAGGAGCUAAAAGUAUUGAACUUGAACCAGAAUAAAUUGAAAUAUAUAAACCCAAAUACUGACGUAUGGGCAGUGGACUUGAAUGAGUUGCACUUAAGCGGCAAUUCUUUGAAAAUAAUCUCAGAAUUAGCAUUUUUCGGUUUGCAAAAUCUAAUGCUGUUAGAUCUAAGCUUUAACUAUGACCUUGAUGUCCUCGAAAUCACUUCGUUUUCAAAACUGACGGGAAUUCAAACCAUCGCCUUGAAUUAUUGCAGAAUUUCCAGAUUUCAACCGGUAGCCCCGAACUUAACAACCCUUUUCAUGAAUAACAUGAACAACCCAUUGGCCUACAUGCAACCUGCAAUAACCUUUAGAGAUUCACAAGGCCUUGUAAAUUUGGAAAUCCGUGAAUCGUCGCUGUUGAUAUAUAAUCUCUGGGAUAAAACCCUGAAUGUCUCUCUUUUUGACGGAUUGUCAAAUCUGAUUACUUUGGAUCUGAGCAAAAAUAAUUUAGACCGUUACUUUCCAGAUGACUUUCCAGCUAGGAUCUUUGAACAACUCUCUGCUCUCCAAUACCUUAGCUUAGAAGACUGUCAUAUUUCAUGCAUUCAUCAUUUAGCUUUUACGGGAUUGGAAUCGCUUCGGAUGCUAAAUUUACGUGGAAAUUUAAUUCAACAACUUAAUUUUGAUUUAUUCAAAAUGUUAGAUCAAGUGACAAUUAUCAAUCUUGAUGACAACCUUUUGUCAUACCUCGAUGAACAACUAUUCUCGAACAAUCCCAGACUGACUACUCUAUUGCUAUCAAACAAUAGAUUAACCAGUCUUAACCAAACGACAUUUGAACCGAUAAAAUCUUCGCUUCUAUCUUUCGAUUUAUCAUUGAACCCUAUCGUUUGUAACUGCGAUCUACGAUGGUUCCGCGAUUGGAUGAGUGGACAUAUUGACAUUAUUGACGAAAACAGAACAGUCUGUACAUCGGCCUCUUUAGAGCCUCUUCGCGGGAAACCUUUGCUUGAUUUUGAUCCCAAUAAACUGUGUGGACUCAACAUAGUUCUUGUAACCUUGACUCCUCUCACCAGCAUUUUCUUGGUUGUCAUCGUCGUAGUCCUUUAUCACAACCGAUGGCCGUUGAAGUAUAAACUAUUUCUCUUGAAACUAAUGGUAAUUGGAUAUAAAGAGAUGAUAGACGCCCGGGACCACAACGACUACGAGUUUGACUUGAAUAUCAUCUUCUACGAUGAGGACGAAGAAUGGGCUCGUCAACAACUCCAACCAGCUCUGGAAGCACGGCUUCCGCAGUUUCAGAGGAAUAUCUUUGGUGAUCAAGACCUCAUCCCUGGUAUGCACUACCUGGACGCCGUCGACUACGUGGUGAGUCAUAGUUACAAAACACUCAUUCUACUCAGCAGAGCUGCCGUGCACGAUCGCUGGUUCAUGCUCAAACUUCGCGCCGCCAUGGACCAUGUGAGCGACACCGAGACCGAAUUCGUAGUCGUGGUCUUUCUCGAAGACAUCCCUGACGAGGAUAUACCAUUUCUGGCAAGGUUAUAUUUAAGUGAUGGCAGACCCUACCUACAUUGGACCGAGGACGUGAGAGGACACGAUUUUUUCUGGAAUAAACUGGUGAAAAGACUCACCAUUAAUCUCAGGACAAAUGACUUGAUCCCCAACGAGUAGUAACGGUCUGACUUAUUUUCGGGCUAGUGCGUUGCAUAUAUUCUGUUCACAUUUCAGAUUUUAGUAUACCUGAUUCAUAUAUUAAGCCAAUAGCCUUACUAGAGCUUGGAUCAGACUAAAUAUAAAGUCGCAAACGCAUCUGAUGUCAAUUUAUAUUUAAAAAACCAUAAUAUAUGUGUUCAUGCAUAUAAUACAAAUACCUUGGUAGAAAUAGCAGAAAUAAAUGUUCAUGAUACUCGAGAACUCAUGUUUUAGAAAUAAAAUUAUUUGAAUUGAAUUGAAUUGUGUAACAAAAUAGCCCGGUCUUUUUAGAUUUAAACUGUAACGAUUCCCCUUAGAACAGAUAUAUACAUAAACGCAAGCCUCAUUUUCUUCAGUAUACA